AUGACAGUGGAAGAAUCCGGAGUGAAGGAUGUGUACAAGGAGAUGCUGAUGCGUAAAGUUGAGCGGAAUGAAGUGCCGCAGGCGGAGGAGUACAGCCGGUUUAAGGAGUCUAUUCUGGACGGGAAGGACUACGGGGACGAGGACGAGGACUCAGAUGGCGACUACGAUGCUGGAGAAACUGGAUCGGCAGAUAUAGCGUUCCGCGAGGAUGACGAUGAGCUAACUGAGAGUGAUAGCGACGACGAUAUCGAUGUAGGAAAUGAAAGCUUUGUGCUCAGAGAUAAGUUCUCAUCCAGCGACGAGCUGGCACAGGAAGAUGUUGAUGAGGAUAGUUACAGCUAUGAUAUGCAGGGUCAAGAGCUAGACUCUGAGGUUGACGGCGAUGACGAAGAGCUGCUUUACUGGGAUCAACAACGAAAAUUCAAUGUUGUGACGAGAAUAAUUCUUGUGGUAUGCUCGGCUCUAUUCGUGUAUUGCAUAAUGACUGGUAAUUUAACGUCCACCUCCAAUAACGUGGUGCUUUCACCAUCCACAAGUGCGAACUUACAAAAACAGAUAAAUCAUCUUUACAGUGAGUUCAGCCAAAGUGAACAGAAACAUGUACAAGAACUCGAUAGAACGUUGAAAGUUGUUGUGGCACAAUUUGAAAAGAAUAUCAAAAAACUGAUUCCAAAAAAUAUUAAAAAUCUACAAACGCAGGUGGAGAACUUGAACGAAAGAUUUAACAAAAUUCUAAACAUGGGGUCUAGUCCGAACCAGAACCAGAUCACAGUAACAAAUAUAACUCAAUGGCAGCAAAGUAUUCUGUCGACAUUGAAUAUCACCUUACCUACAAAAAUACCAGUAGUGGUCAAUAACUCAUCCCAAAUGCUCAUAAUUCCCGAGAUGCAUAAAUAUAUAUCGGAUAUACUAAAUGAUAUUGUCCAUGCAUCAGAACCAUUCAUUAAUGUGAAUAAUAACGGUACUGGAGUAAAAAAUUCCCUUGGAUAUGAUUUGAAUAAGUAUGUUAAAGAGGUCUUAAGCAAUGAAUUCCAAUACGUUGACAAAAAAUUCUUUCUGCAAGAACUGAACAGAAACUUACAAUUGAAUAAACAUGAAAUUCUGGAGGAAGUCGCAGGUAGGCUAAGCCAUAUUGAGGAUAAAUAUGGUGCCAAUGCAAACAGAAGGCAAUUGGUGCCGGAACAGUAUAGUACAAUUCUACUCAAGAAUCUUGUCAAGGAAAUUUACAAUACUAAUCACUAUAGAUGGGAAGAUGACCUCGAUUUCGCUACUGCUGCACAAGGAGCCAGACUGGUAAAACACUUAACAUCUUCAACUUACAAUUAUAAAAACGGAAAUGGUAUUACACCUUUGGAACUGCUGUCAGAUUCAUCUUUGAGCCGUGGCUCAACCUAUUGGCAGUGUGUUGAUUCUAAAAGUUGUUCAUGGACUAUUAGAUUCAAUAACCCAAUUUACUUAACAAGAUUAUCAUACUUCCACGGCAGAUUCACCAAUAACCUUCAUAUGAUGACAUCGGCACCAAAAUCCAUUGCUGUUUAUGUAAAACUAGCCAAAAGUAAUCCGGCCCCAUUAGAAAAAACUUUGAAAGACCUCGCAAGUGAGAAUGUGGGGAAAGACAAUACAUUUAAAAAGGACUCUAGCUAUAUUUUGAUUUCCAACUAUGAAUAUGAUAUUCAUGACCGAAGAAUAAGACAGGAUUUCCCCCUUCCUGAUUGGUAUAUCCAACUAAAACCACUAAUUAGAUCGAUUGCAUUUGUAGUAAAUCAGAAUAAUGGCAAUAGUGAGUUUACAUCGUUAAGAAAGUAUGUUAUAAAUGGCGUUACAGCUUCAGAUCUAAAAAUCAUUGACUCCAAUGAAUUCACUAUAAACAGAGAUCAAAUCCCCGAAUUUAGUGAACACCACGCACAGAUACACCCUAAGCCUCCAUCUCCAAAAACUAAUAAUAUAAAGGCUUUUGGGCAGGAUGAACUAGACAUUUAA